AUGAAUAAAAGUUAUGGGAAUUUAUCAAAUGCAUACCAAAAGCAAAUUAUAACAGCGUCCAUAAGAAAAGAAGCAAAAGAAAAUGAAGAAAUACACAAUUCGAGAAUGUAUCCAAAUAACAAUUUGGAGAAAAAUGAUUUUAUUUUAUAUCUAGAGUUAUUAUUUGAAGACUUGGUCAUUUCAAGGUAUUUGUUUGAUAUAAGAGAUGACCAAGGCACAUCAAUACGAAAUAGUGUUCAAAUUACAAGAUAUAUAAUAAUGAAAAGUGAAAAUCAUAUAAUGGGAACUUGUGUGUCUAAUAAAAUAAUAUUGUGCUAUAAUAAUGACAAUGAAAGUAAUAUGAUUUUAAAAAAUAUUAUUGAAAAAUUAAAAAAAGAAUAUUGUAUUUCAUUAAAAUUAGAAAAUGUUGUAAACAAAAAUUAUGGGGAAAUAGAAAAAUGUUUAUUAUCUUAUAUAAUUCAAUUUACAUUAGUUUGUAAAUAUUUAGAAAGUGGUAAAUGGAUACAUAUUGGAGAUAAUAUGGAUACAAUUAUAGAAUCAAAAUUUGAUGACAGUGAUUGUAAAUAUUUCAAUUGUAUUGGGUUUAAAUUUAAUAUACUAAAUAAUGAAUAUAAUAUAUUAAAUGAAAUAAAAAAUCAAAACUAUAAAUAUAUAAUUAAAAUGCAUUUAAAAAUUAAUAUUAAUAUUUAUAAAGUAUUACCCUUAAAUGAUAUAUGUACAAAUAUGUAUGUCUAUUGUUUGCCUCGUUGUUCUAUGAAAGCAACUAUUUUAAAUAUUGUUGAAUCUAAUAUUAAUGAAAAAAAAAAAAUUAAUUAUAAAUCAUAUUGGCUUGAUACACAUGGAUAUAUGUUAAAUGAUACUAGUAUUGAAAAAAUUGUUAAAGUUAAAUUAUAUAAAGGUGUAUUUAAUUAUCCUAAGGGUGUUUUAUUAAGAGAAAAUAUUUAUAAAAUUAAUAUGCCAAUACAAAAAAAUCAAUUUUUUUAUAUUUGUAAAUUUUUAAAUAAAUUUAAAUUAUCGAACAAAUCAACAAUUAAAUUAUUGACAUAUUCAGAAGGUCUUAAAUUUGAUCCCACUUAUAAUGAUAUCUUACAAAAAAGUGCUAAACAAAAUAUAAAUCAAGAUCAAUUUUAUAACCAAAUACAAUUAUUAUGUAAUAAUCAAUUUUGUCAAAGUCAAAUUAAUGAUGAUAUUUUUGAUAAAAAUAAACGAGAAACAUUUUAUAACAAUCCAUAUAGUAUCUAUGGAAAUACUCUUACAACUUCUACUAAAUCUAUAAAUAUAAAUUUGCCAACGGGAUCAAAAGAAAAUAUCCUUAAUAAUAUAUUUCCAGAUGAUAAGCCAAAAAAUAUUGACACAUUUCUAACAGAAUCAGCUCAAAACUAUCAACAAAUAAUUCGAAAUAAUACUGAACAUGUCAUAAAUAAUAGCGAUAACAAUCGAGAAAUUAGCAGUACUAGUAAUGGUAAUAAUUACGAAAUUAAAGACCGAUUUUCCAAAGAAAUAAAAAAAUUACCUUUGCAAAAUAAAGAUAAAGAUAUAGAUGAAUAUUUACAACAGGCUGCAAAAAAUUAUAAAGCUAUAAACCGCGGAAAUAUGGAUAAGGAUAAUAAUGAUAAUGAUAACAUAUUUGAUAGUAUUAAUACACAAUUUAUUUUUUCGAAAGAUUUUCAAAAUUUUAUUGAUAAUAUUGGUGAAGUUGCAAUGUAUAAAAAUGACCAAUUAAAAACUGUAGACUUUAACGAAAGAGAAAAAAAAAGACCCAAUUUUGUCAUAAAUGGUAAACAAAAUAAUUUAGGAAAGAAAAAAACAAAUAUAUAA